AUGGAAAAGCUGGGCGUAAAAAAAGUGGACCCAAAAAUCAUUAAUAUUUCAAGUAAAACGUUUACUCAAGAGGAAAAAGAAUUAUUAGAAAAGGGCUUUAAAUUUACACCAACACCCAACCCCGACAAUCAAAACCUAGAAAAGGAUAUAGAUGAAUUCUGUAGAAAACUGCGUUUAAGAGAAUUUUUUGGACGGGUUGAUAAAAAUGACGAUUGUAUUGUGAGAAAUAAAAAAGGGACGACAAUACAAAAAGGACGUAACAAGGAUUUAGAUGACUAUAUAGAUGUUCUGAAGUCCACAAAAUCAUCUUUGCUAAACAAAAAUCCUGUGAAAAACAAUUUGUGUGUAAAACAUAAAAAAGCUCUACAGGAAUUACAAAAAGAAACGGAAAUUAUCUUCAAAGAAGCGGACAAGGGAGGAGCAAUAGUUUGUAUGGACAAAACAUUCUAUAAAUCCCUAGUUCUUCAACAACUGAGUGAUGAUAAUUUCUACAUCAAAUUGCCUGAUAAUCCUGACAAAACAAUCAUGAGACAGCUCAAACAAUUAUGCAAAAAACAUCAAAAUUUAUUAAAAAAGGAUGAGCUUGACUAUCUAAUAAACUUUGAAAUGAAAACCAGCAACUUUUAUGGACUACCUAAAAUACAUAAAAGCAGUGAUAUUAAAACAGCCAUAGAGGAACAGAACGGAACAUACAUUGCUACUCAAGAACCAACAGAUCUGAAACUUCGACCGAUUGUAGCUGGUCCUGCGUGUCCCACUCAUAGACUGAGUAAUUUUAUAGAUAUACUCUUGAAGGAUCUGUGUGAAAAAGUCCCGAGCUACAUACGAGAUAGCAUGGAUUUUUUAAACAAAAUUCCCGAAAACGUGGAGCCAGAUACACUACUUGUAACCUUUGAUGUGAAGAGUCUAUAUACUAAUAUUCCACAUGAUCUUGGACUAGAAGCCAUAAAAUUUUGGAUUGAAAAGUACCCAGAGUUAAUUCCAAGAAACAUUUCUUCAGAAUUUAUCCUAGACUCAGUUAGAUUUAUACUGGAAAACAACACAUUUCAUUUUGAUGGAGAUUUUUAUAAACAGAUCAAAGGAACCGCCAUGGGGACUAAAAUGGCACCAACAUACAGCAUCCUUGUUAUGGGAUUCUUUGAAGAAACAUUGUAUCAAAAAGUUUCCGAUGAAUUGGGCCAAGAGAUUGGAAAGCAUUUAAGAGAUUAUUGGAAACGAUUUUUAGAUGACUGUUUCCUAUUUUGGAAGAAAUCAGAAGAGGAUUUACAAACACUCUACACGUUACUAAAUUCAAUAAAUCCAAAUCUUCAAUUCACAAUGGAGCACAGUGAUUCCUCUAUUCCUUUCCUUGACGUCAUGGUCACAAAGCAAAACUCACUUAUUUUAACGGAUAUUUUUUUAUAA